AUGACAAACAGAGGAAAAGCUGAAGAGGUAAUUCUGUGUUGGUGGCCAGGUUGCUUGUGGGGUUCUAGGAUUAGGCAGAUUCAUUUGACAAGAGCAGCAGAGGGCAUUUGCUCAGUGCAGAUUGAGUAUGAUCGAAACGGUCAAUUCAUUUGGUCCGCUAAGCAUGGAGGCAAUGGAGGAACUGCCCCACAUCGAAUUAAAUUGGAGUAUCCUCAUGAAGUGCUGACUUGUAUAUCUGGGUAUUAUGGUUGCAUUAGUAAAAACGAGCGACCUCAAAUUAUAAAGUCUUUGACAUUUUAUACCAGCAGAGGCAAGUAUGGUCCAUUUGGGGAAGAAGUUGGGACAUUUUUCACUUCAACUACCACAGAGGGCAAGGUGGUGGGCUUGCAUGGCAGGAGCAGCUUGUAUUUGGAUGCCAUUGGAGUUCAUAUGCAACAUUGGCUGGGAAGUGGCCAGAAAACCUCCAAGAUCUCUCUCUUCAAGAAAUUCUGA